UCUUAUGCGGAAAAAGUUGCACGGGUCGAGCAUCACCGCCCUGCAAAGUGCCGGGUCGACUUUGUCAUUGGAGAACUCUCCAGGUCUUUGGCGAAGCUCUGCAUUUGCCUUUGACGUGGAUUUGUGAUCGAGUGGGCGGUUCAUGCAUGGAUGUGGCGAGCUGUAUGAUUUGAUCGAGUUUGUUGGCAUCGGGUACCAGAUGCGAGGCUUGGAAACGGAGAAUUGAGCCCCAGGGGUAGGCGAUUGGGUAAGCAUGGGAGGGGGAACGUUGUGGAAGAACGUUGCGCGGGCUGUUGGGGCUGCGGCUCCGACUGUGGCUUUGACACCCACCGCUGCUCAUUGCAGCGCUUGCACUGCGACUCCAACAGCGUCUGCUCGCGCGGGAGGAGCAUCGUGUAAUUGCAAGACGGCUGGAGCCGUGCAGGUGCAGCCUGGAUUGACCCCUGUGAGCUACGGGCCUCGACAGUUCUGGGACCUCGAAGAUUGGGAAUUUGCAGGGGAUGAGGAGCGGGACCGUUACGUCUUUGGAUCGCUUCCGACCGUGGAGGAAGUUGAGGAUGCGUCGUCGGAACUUCAAAAUGCUCUCAGCUUGGGCCUCUUCACACCCCCUGUCCCUAGGUCUGAGACGCUGCCUAAACCGGAACCAUCUUCACCACGUAGCCUAGAUAUUCUUGAGGUUACGGAGGUGUCAACUGUAACAACAGUUGGGAUGAAGGAGGAAGAUGUUACGUCGGACCUUUCUGCUCACUCUAUCGAGCCUGACCUUUGGUUGGAACCCCCACCGUACGGAAUGACGACAGUCUCUGAUGAGCCGAAGGCUUGGAAGGAACCUCCAUCAUGCGAGGCGACCACGAUCUUUGAGGAGCCAAAGGCUUGGAUGGAACCUCCAUCAUACGAAGUGGUAACCAGCCCUAAGGCAGAAGAGGCUCCAAGCCGUGCAAUGUUAGAGGCAUUUCACCAAUUCCAGCACAAUCCUGCGGUUCAGGGAAUGGUGGUGUCUCUUGCAAAAGACAAGGGAGUUUGGGAUGCGGUCUUGGCAAAUGAGAAAAUCAAAGAAUUCCGUCGUGACUUUAAUGCUCCUAAAACAGCAGGAAUGCCCUCUGGUGGUGUAAGUAUGGUUCAGAAGGUUGAAAGCUCUUCGAAGCACACAAAUAUCUUCACUCAAAUCUUUUGGAAGUCAAAGAAGGCCUUUCUGUACUUCAUUCAAGGGUUCCGGAAUUUUGUGGCUUCGUUGUUUGAGACUGUCGAGAAGAACUCUCAUGGCAGCGGUGGUAAUGAGAAAGUUAAUUUCUUAGAGCGUUCAUUGAGAGCUUGUAUGAUGCUAGCAGUGUUGGUUUUGACUAUCGUGGUCUUCAAAAGAUCAAUUUCUGCGAAGAGGGGUUGAUGCGUUCGUGCCGUACCUUACUUUCAGCAGAACUAGUUUCGAUGUAUGACUUGGGAUUGUGUACUGGUAAUAGGAUGUGUAACAUAAGUUGUCCUUGCUGUUGUUGUACGUUACAAUCUAUCGACGAUGACGAAAGUUGUGCCAGGAUAGUUUCUGUUGGGAUCAUUGAAAAAAUCCUGUAAUUGGGUUUGCUGCUGCCUGUACAUGCUGUUCAUUGAAAAAUCCUGUAAUUGGGUUUGCUGCUGCCUGUACAUGCUGUUCAUUGAAAAAAUCCUGUAAUUGGGUUUGCUGCUGCCUGUA